AUGUCUGACGACACCAUGUUCCGCCCCCCCGUCAAUCGGGCCAUGCGCACCCUUGACCGCAGCUUCUUCCAGAAGACCUUCCCCAUUUCCGCCGCCCGUGUCGCGAACAACAAGGACAUUUCGCUCGUGCGCAAGGCCCUGGAGAAGAGCAAGGAUGUGCUGUCCGCGCCGCGUCUGCAGUCGGUUCAGGCCGACCCGCUGCCUGAGCUGGCCUCCAAGGGCCGCAAGUGUGUGCUGCUGAGGCCGGACGUCAGGCACGAUGACCCCUCCACCUGGUCUCCCACGCUGGCUGAGUUCCAGAGUAAGGACAUCGCGAGCGUAGUGCCCUAUGACUUGCACCUAGACUAUGAUUACUGGACAUAUGACGAAAUCAUGUCUGCGAUCGUUCCAGAGGACAACAGGGAAGACGCAUAUCCCAAGCGCUUCUCCCAAGUCGGGCACAUCCUUCACUUGAACUUGCGUGAAUCCCACCAGCCUUACAAGAAUGUCGUCGCCCAGGUUCUCAAGGAUAAAUCUCACAAGGUUGAGACUGUCAUCAGCAAGAUCGACAACGUGGGCGACGAGAGCGAGUUCCGCACCUUCUCGUACGAAGUGCUCAUCGGAUCGCCAGAUCUCAACGUCGAGCUUCACGAAGAGAACUGCACCUUCCGCUUCGACUACGCAAAGGUCUACUGGAACAGCAGGCUGCAGGCUGAGCACCGGCGCAUGGUCCAGGCCUUCAGCGAAGGAGAAGCUGUUUGCGACGUUAUGGCUGGCGUCGGACCUUUCGCGGUUCCUGCAGGCAAGAAGCGCAUCUUCACCUGGGCGAAUGAUCUGAACCCGGACAGCUAUGCAUGCAUGGCGGAUGCAGUCGAAAGGAACAAGGUUGGCCAAUUCGUCCGCGCCUUCAACGCCGACGGCCACGCGUUCAUCCGCGAUGCCACUGCCGAUCUCUACAGAUCGUCACAUAGCGUCACAGUGAAGGCGGCGCCUGGUGGCUCGCGUCGUAAGGCUGGCGGAGACAAAGUACCGGCUGCCGUGGAUCCCAAGUCGCUUGAACGGGUCCUCACUCAGCCCCGCACCUUCUCCCACUACGUCAUGAACCUUCCCGCCAACGCCAUCGACUUCCUGCCUUCCUUCAUUGGCCUUUAUGCGCGCUCACCAGUCAGCGAGGCUCUAGGAACGGCGGACCCAUCAACUCUGUUUGCUCCGCAUACUGAUGUCAAGCUUCCUAUGGUGCAUGUCUAUUGCUUCGGCACCAAGAGCGACGACAAUGUCGAGCAGGAGAUUGAUAUCUGCAAGCGGAUAUCCGAGAAGCUGGAGUUCGAAAUCACCCGCGAAACUCUAGAUGGGGAAAUCUACGAUGUGCGAGACGUAGCACCGAACAAGAGGAUGUUCUGUGCAAGUUUCCGCCUCCCAGCAGAAGUAGCUUUCCGCAAGCCUUGA